UUUAAAUUUCUUAUGAAUCGUGUCAUUUCUUUCGUUUCUCCAUCUUUUCAUUUCUUCAUCCCUUCAUCUACCUAGUACGGAGUCGUAGUUCUGUCCAUAAUUUAUUCCCCCAUUUUAAAGUUGGGUGGAGAAUUACCUAGUGGUGGUAGUAGUUCAGUAGAUCUUUCAAGACUUCUCUCCUCACUCAUCAUUCAUCUCUCUCCUCACUCAUCAUUCGUCUCUCUCUUCACUCCGCUUCAACUCCGCUCCGUACAAUACUACAAUCCCAAUCACACUCCACAAUCGAAUAAAAAUCCAAACACCAAAACAUAUAUUCACAAUCAUCAAGAAGAAAAAAAAGAUAUUCCAAUCCUCCCUCUAUCUUAUCAUCACCCGUUUAUUUUCUUUCUCCAAAGGUACUCGGUACCAAUUACGCUCGUUCUUGACACUUUUCCACCCUUGAAGAUUUAAUUUAAACUUCUUAUCUUUACACAAUCUCAUAUUACGCUUUUUAUGCCAUCUUGAAAGGAAGAACAGGGCGAUACGACCACUCGGCGGACAGAACAUCUUGGCCAAAAGAGUGGAAGAAGGGGGAAGAAGGAAGAGGGAGCUGUGAUCAACAUAUUGUUCUAUCCUACCAACAGAGGAAAAAGAAGAAACUCUAAUAAACGCGCCAUAAUCAAAUCACUUCUUCAUUCAUAAAAUUAUUUACCCUUCGAGAUCAAACAAUCCCCAUUUGGCGCCACCAUCGUCCAAAGAUUUGACCCGACCUCACAACAAGACUUCAAGGCUGAGAGGGGACGGACUCAACACCUUUACCUACUACCUACACUUUUUAAUGAUUUAUUGGACACGAUAAUACAGAAUUAAUAUGGCUACGGAUUCUUCAAUGAGAAUGGGGACUUGGUUACUCUUCUUUCUAGCUAUUUCGAUAACGGAUGCGUUCUACAUACCAGGUAUGUGUCUGCCAAUCUGGCAUUUCUUCCUCUUCUCUUUUCCACUCGAGGUUCCGGAUAAUGAUCUAACUGUCAUCUCAUCUAUAUAGGUUGGUCAAUUAGAAGCUAUAAAGAUAACGAAGCAAUCCCUUUACUGGUCAACAAAGUUUAUUCCGACAAUACACAAUUACAAUAUGCCUACUACGAUCUUCCAUUCGUCUGCCCUCCUACCGGUGUCCGACAUGCCGGAUCUUCUCUACUCAGCGGUCAAAGUAUAUCAUUGAACCUUGGAGAGAUUCUUCGAGGAGAUCGGAUCACACAAUCGGAUAUCGAAUUGGUAAUGGGAAAAGAUCAAGAAUGUAAUUUCCUCUGUUCUAGGACUGUUAGUCGAAGAGAUCUAAAGCGCGCAAAGGAAUUGGUUAAGGAUGGAUAUGUUGUGGAAUGGAUUGUGGAUAAUUUACCCGGAGCAACGAGUUUUGUUACCGUGGAUAAGAGUAAGAAGUAUUAUGCUGCCGGUUUCAAGUUGGGAUACAAGGAUUUCUCUCCAACUGGCAAAUCGAGAUAUUUCAUCAACAACCAUCUUACCAUCGUUCUGCGAUAUCGAAAAGCUCCAGGGAAGGAUGGGGAAAGAGGUGGAAAAGUUAUCGUUGGGUUCGAAGUUUACACCAAGAGUGUUGGAAUCGAUAAAAGAGUCGAAUCUGGAUGUCCUGCCGAUUUGAAUGAUGUUGAUAUACCUUUUGAAUUAUAUCUCGCCCCCAACCAUACCGAUUCUUCAUCUGCCCUCGCAUAUCCACAUUCAUCAUAUCACCCACCGGAAAGAGAAACAGAUUUGGAUGAUGGAGCUACAAUGGAAAUUCCAUACACAUAUUCUGUUUAUUUCCGGGAAGAUGAAAAGGUCGAAUGGAGAAAUCGAUGGGACCUAUACUUCGUGAACCAAGAAGAGGGUUCAAGAAUUCAUUGGCUGGCUAUCGUCAAUUCUUUAAUCAUUUCCGGACUUCUUAGUGGUAUUGUCGCUAUGAUCUUAGCCAGAACGGUUCGAGGAGAUAUCAAAGCAUACAGCAAGGAUGUUUCAGGAGAAGAUGGAAAAGCGAAACAAAAGAGAAGAUCUAGACCUGGUAGUGGAGCAAGAUCACCAAAAACUGGAGAGAAAAUUGGACUUGGCUUAUUGGAUCAGGUUGAUACUGAGAAUGAUGCUGAUGUUUCUUCCGAUGACGAACAAUUGGAAGAUAUUACGGGAUGGAAAUUACUUCACGGAGAUGUUUUCCGUCCACCUCCUUAUGGAUAUAUCCUAGCUCCUUUGGUUGGAUCCGGGAUGCAACUCGUCUUCAUGGCAUUCGGACUACUUUCCCUCAGUAGCUUAGGUAUCCUAAACCCGAGUUUCCGAGGCGGCUUUAUCAGUGUCGGAAUUGGCCUUUUCAUCUUCGCAGGAGUUUUCUCUGGUUACUUCAGCGCACGUGUCUACAAAACAUUUGGAGGUCUCAAUUGGCGCAAGAAUACUCUAAUUACAGCCACGCUCUUUCCCGGUCUUCUCUUCUCCUUAAUUUUCAUCCUCAAUCUUUUCGUCUGGGCUCAAGCAUCCAGUACCGCCCUUCCAUUCGGUACUCUCAUCGCCCUCGUAUUUCUUUGGCUCUGCAUUCAACUACCUCUCGUCUAUGCCGGUUCAUACUAUGGUUAUAACCGUUCCGGUGCCUGGGAAUCUCCCACAAAAACCUCCAUUAUCCCACGUCAAGUCCCGAUCCAAUCAUGGUACACCCGUUCAACCUCAUCCAUCCUCCUAGCAGGCCUCAUACCUUUUGCAGUAAUUUUCAUCGAACUUCUCUUCGUUUUCCAAUCCCUCUGGCAAGAUAAGAGCGGCUAUUACUACGUCUUUGGUUUCCUCUCCCUCAUCACCCUUCUCCUAAUAAUCACAAUCGCAGAAGUCACAAUCGUAACCAUCUACAUUAAACUAUGCGCCGAAGAUUAUAAUUGGUGGUGGCAUUCCUUUCUAGUAGGAGGAGGAUCCGCAGUUUGGGUCAUGAUGUAUUGUGUAUGGUUUUAUAUGCGAAGAUUACAUAUUGAGGGGUUUGUGAGUGGAGUGUUGUUUUUUAGUUAUUGUGGGGUUGUGGCUGUAACUUAUGGGUUAGCGACGGGGACGGUGGGAUUUUUGACUUGUUUUUGGUUUGUUAGGAGGGUUUAUGGGUUAGUUUUUUCCCUUGCUGUAAUUUUUGCCUUAUCCUCGCCUCCCCUUUCCUAUGUGACUCUUGAGUAUUGGGAUGGUAUUGGCUGGAAUUUGAAGUAGAAGCUAAUGAGCAUACAGUGCGAUCAAAGCAGAUUAAUUAACCACGAAUGGACGAACGAACGUAAAGAUACGAAUACUAUCAUCUCAUUACUUGGGCGUUUGGUUUAUUCAACUUGGGAUGGCAUGAAUUUGGAAGCGAAAGAAUAGGAAUAGGAAUAGGAGUUGAGUGUUUUAAGUAACAAUGAAUGAAGUAAAGAAGCGAGGAAAGAAUGAGCGAUGGGAAUUACUAUCAAAGACUUAUCUGUACGUACGUAUGUGUCAAUGAAUGAAGAGUGGGGAGUAGGUACGAGUACAAGUCCAAGCCAGUCACUAAAUAGCGA